AUGUCAGAAAUAAAUGAAAUAGCAAAGGGAAUAAAGUCAAAGAAAUUUGAAGGCAAUGGAGUUCAAUUUAGAUGCAAAAUUAUUGGAAUGGAAGAUUUACGAUUUGAUCUUGACGAAAAACUAUGUCUCGAGUCAAUAUUUAGACUUAAAGCUAUUGUACGUGCUCGUGGUGAACAUAAACAAAGAAUUAAAUUAAAUUUAACUGUGAAUGGAGUUAAAGUUAUCGAUGAAGCUACUAAAGUUCAAAUUGCUGAUCAUGAAGUUACACGUAUAUCAUAUGUUAUAUUGGAUCCAGGUGAUAUACGUGCAUUUGGAUAUAUUUAUAAUACAAGUGAUGGUCGUCAUCAAUUUUGGGCUAUUAAAACUGAACGAUCGGCAGUAGUAACUGUUAUUGCAUUUAAAGAUCUUUUUGAAACAGUUAUGGAACAAUUUAAAAAUUCAGAAAAGGCUAAAGCAGAAACGAAUCAGCCAACAUCUACAUUUGUUUUACCAGAACCAUCAACUGUUUCAAUACAACAAUCAUCAUCAACAUCUAGUUCUGCCUCUACACCACAGCCACCAGUAAUAUCUGUAGAACCUGUUUCUAAAUCAGCACAAGCUUCUACAACGCCAUCGUUUGCUAAUGUAUGGGGAGAUAGUCCUUCAGCGAUGAUUUCACAAACAGCAUCAGCGCCCAAAACUUUUUCGUUUGAUGAUACUUGGGGAAAUAGUCCUUCAGCAACAGUUUUACAAACAACAUCAACGUCCAAAACGCCUUUGUUUCAUGAUGUGUGGGGAGAUAGUCCUUCAACAACAAUUUCCCCAACACCAUCAAUACCCAAAAAUCCUUUGUUUGAUAAUAUAUGGGGAGAUGCUCCACCAACAAUGGCUUCACAAAUAACACCAGCACCCAAAACGGUUUUGUGUGAUGAUGUUUCGGGAAAUAGUUCUUCAAAAACGGUUUCACAAACACCAUCAGCGCCCAAAACGCCUGUGUUUGAUAAUGUGUGGGGAGAUAGUCUUUCAACAACAAUUCCUCGACCAACACAAACAGCUCAACAACUAUCAACACCUAAUAUCAAUCCAUGGAAUAUUAACGAGCCUGUAAUGCCUAUUAUACAACCAGCUUCUCGUGUAGAAAAUGUAAGUUUUUAA